CGAGCCCCUAGCGACGGGGCUAAGGCGGGGGGGCGGCCAUGGCGGCGGGGACGCGCCGGGAGGAAGAGCGGAGGCAGCAGGAGGAGGAGGAAGAUGAGGAGGAGGAGGAGCAGGAGCAGGAGCAGAGGGUCCCCCCUAUUGCAACAACUCCACCGCAUCGUCGUUGGAAGGAGGAAUCGCUAAGCCAGAGCAGCAGUGAGACCCAGGCGUCGGCUACCAGCGGCAUCUCCCUAGGAGAAGCGAUAUGUCAGAGAACUGCCAUUAAUCAGGAAAUUGAGUCGUGGUAUCAGCUUCCACCAGAAGUGGAUGCCAGCCGAUUAACUGCUGCCUCAGAGACGAAGCUUGGCCUGACUUGUGAUAGAAAUGACCUGACAGAGUUCCCUACGCUGGAGGAAGGAGUGUUGUCUUCAGCAGAAACAUCCAGAAGGCAGUAUCCUGGAGAUACAUCACGUGGCUUACUGCUGGAUAUUCAGGACAGUCAAUUCUCUCCCUGUCUUCCCCUGCUGACGUAUUCAACACAAGGCCGGAGGUUUUCAGAUGAGACGCUUCUCCAGCAAUCAGAAAUGGAUUUUAUUCCUUUAAGAGGAGUCCCUGAUGUUUCUGGUGCUUCUGAGGAGCAUUCAAAGCCUUUGCACGUAGAAGAAGCUGUGUGUCUGGUGGAUGCUGGAGUAACCUCCAGUGCACCCAGUGACUGCUUUAGUUUGUCUCAGCAUCCGCUUCCAUUCAGACACGGGGAACCUUGUGAUGCCAGUUUUAGUGGUGGUUUGUCUCAGCAAGCCUCUUGUUUUUCUGGACAUCUACUUGUGAACAAGGAGGCAAAUGAAGACUGUAAAAACAACACUAAUGGAAAGACACUGAUCCCCCAAACAGGUGACAGUUUAGCAAGCUCCACUUCUAAAACGAUGCUAAUCCAGGAAAGUAGACUGAACAAAAUGGAAGCUUCUUUUGCAAAGCAGACCUGUAGUACUUCUGCAAAAGAUGAACAUUUCUCUUGUGACAACGAUGUGAAAGCUCCUGGUUUUGAGCUUGCAGAGGAGGAAAAAGGGUUAUUGAGGCACGAUGAGUUCUCAUCUUCUGAAAACUCCUCUUGUAAAAUAACACUGACUAAGAAUUCAGAAAAAUGUGAAAGAGAGAUGCAGAUGGAGAAAGUAACAAUGGCUGAGACAGAGUCAGAAGGAUGCCUGAGACACCUAGAGAAGUUGGAAAAAGACAAGAAUGUUUCUGGGCUUGAUUUCUCUAAUAAGUUGUCUGAUGAUUUGAGGAAAGACAGUUGUAAAACUUCAGAUGGACAGGAUACAUUUUCUGCAAAGACUUGUGAAAUACUCGGAGAGUCUGAGGAGCAUGGAGCAGAUUUAAAUGACUUUGGAAGUGUGAAAUUUGUGGCUGUUACUAAUGAGCCCCAGGGAGCUUUCCUAGAUCAUCAGCAGAAACAAGCAUCUCCUGCAGUGAGAUUUGAGAAAGAGGAGCUUGUCCCUGUUGUGACGAGCACUAGUGAUUGUACACCUAAACAGCUCGUCGUGACGGACAUGGAAGCUCCUUCUUCACGUGGUGAGAAUGCCCUAGUGGAAGGAGAACCUGGAGUGCGCAGGGGUGAAUUAACUAUUUCAGAUUUUUCCAUAGAAAGGGGACAUAAACUUAGAGACAUUUCCCCUUCAUUUAAUUUCCUCAUAGGUGAUGGCUCAUUCUUUGGACACCUUGCUCGUCCAAGCUAUCAGUCUACUCCAGGGAUACUUGUAAACAAAACUGAGGCAGAACCCAGUGCUCGAGUGAUCAAGUCGGAUAUUCAGGCCUCUCCUUUGUGCUUAAAUGAAGAAAAUUCUGGGAACUUGUCUACCGGUACACCUACAUCUGUUGAGAAGGAACAUUCUCUGCAAUGUGCUCAGAAAGAAAAUGACAAACACUUUGAGUCCUUUAAACUGAAAUAUCCUCACAUGGGAAGAAUUCAGUCACUCCCAUCACUCACCUUCAUGGAGAAGGUGGGGACUUGGAAUAUGAGCCCGUCAGACAAGAUAUCUGAUGCACUGGCUUCAUCUCACCCAAGUGGAAUUUCUCCAAGAAAGAAAGCCUACAGUGCAAUUACCAGUUCUUUGAACAAUAUUUUGUCAACACAGAAUAGUAGUAGAAACCCUAAAGGUUAUCUUGCUGCUUCUUCUGGGGAGACACAUUCCCUGGAAAGUUUGCAUUGUUACAAUAAAAACUUAGAGCAUGUUCACCCUCUUACUAGAUCUCAGUCUGACAACUCAGUAAAUGUCGCUGGUAGAAACACCUCCCUGACUGACAUUGUUCAGCCAGCAACAUCAACGGAGGCGAUGCAACCUUUAGAAGAAAAAAGUAGUGUUCUAAGAGUGUCUGAAAAUAGAUUAGGAGGCUCCAUGAUACACAAGUUUACAACUGAGAUGGUUUCUGGACCUACUGAUAAAGAUGCUGAAAGUAACAGUACAGGACAAAGUUCAGACCCAAAUGGUUUCAUUUCCUGUGAAAGAGUUGCUCAGCUCCUUAGAGAGGAUAGAAACUCUCCAGAUGAUGACCAGAAGAAUUGUGGUGGUCUUGAAAAUCAACAACUGCCUCAUAACUUAGAUACUCCUACUGGUCAUGUCAGCACAGACAAUUUAGGGGAUAUUUCCCAAGAUAGUUUGAAUCUUCCUGCUAGUUCUGGGGAAAAUAGCCAGGGGGGCUCAGGCUCAGCAGGGUGCUCUUCAGCAGUUUCCGGACACUUCUUCACCAGUGCAGAAGACGAUAACUUCAUCCCCUUUGGAACAGCUUGUUUGGGAACUCCGGAAAAAGAAGAGUUUAAUAUUGAAGAAAGGAUCCCAAUAUACCUUCGCAACCUUGGCAUUGAUCAGUCACCUGGAACUAUACUGACUCCGUUUGUACCCCGAGGACCCAUCAGGGAAGUUGAAUUUUCCCCUUCAGAGCUCAGAACACUGAAGGACUCCACUGACACGCUGGCGAGGACCCAGCAGCCCCAAGGUGAACUGCUGGCAGCAGUUGAAGUUACACAAACAAGUUUCAACUCUGGCACUUCCACUGUCAGCAUUUCUAUACCAACGAAUUCAGCUGUUGGCUCCGAUGUUCUGUCACCUAGUGAACUCUCUCCCAACUUCUCAAGAUCUUUUGGAGACAAACCCGUGAGUCCGUGCAGCGUGUCGUGCCACCAAGCGGAGAUAAGUGCUCCGCUUUCCACACAGCAGGAGGCAGAACAUUCAUCUGUCUCCAGAGUAGCUGAACCAAACCAGCACCUGCAGACUGUUUCACCUGACUGCCAUUCUGACAGAGAGAGUCCCAUGCUGGCUGCAAAACGUGUUCAGGAUCUGCUAGUUAAAAAUGAGUUGAAAGAUGUGAGUAGCAGCUCACAGAGAUGGACUACCAGUUCCUUGGCUGGAGUUAAAGGUGAAAUAGAAGUUGAGAGAGGAUCACAAACUUCGAGUAUAGGUAGUGAGAGAAAUAAGGGUCAGGAAAGUGAUUCUCAGAUUGGAUCUGGUGCAUUGCAAGAAAUAUGUAAGCUUUUGGCAGAGGCAGAGGUUAUAGCUGGCAGCUGGUGUGACCCUGUCUUUUCUGCUGCCUCUUCUAGAGAAACUGGUGAGUCUUCCCCAGUGCUGAUUAAAAAGGAGGAUGGCCCAAAAGAUUCUGGGUUGGAGAAAGACAGUGUCCUUUGGUUUCAGAAGAUACUGUCACAGGAUGAGACUAUGACCCAAAGAAGUAUGCAAGAAGAGGGAUCGGUAAUAAAGCCUCCGGAUUCUCACAAAGGCAAUUUAAGAUGGGAAAGUUCUUCUGAUGUCAAUUUGCGUAGCAGUGAAGAGAUGAUAAAGGAGAUGACCAAAGAGUUUAGGAUGGGGAAAUCCGUAGGAAGGUCGGAGCCAGAAGGCUGCAGCAGUGUAACUACAGACAGAAAUCAACCUGUUUUCAUGGCUGUUGCACAAAGCAAUGCAAGUAGUGAACUCAGCACUGAAAGAAUUUCAGGGUUGGGGAAUCCUUCUUCUGAGCCUCACGGCAGUGCUGCCGAUGUUCCAGGAAGCUUCCAGAGCUUGUUGUCUAAAGCUAGUGUAGCUGGAAGCAAGGCAGGAGGUAUGCAAGAGAGUGAUGGCAGUAGCAGUGGAGAUUCACUUGCUGCCCGCGUCAAAAACCUUCUGAGGAAUCCAUCUUCAGUGCCUCUAGACAGCAUCACUGAUGUCGCAGGAGGCUUCCAGAGCAUGUUGUCAAAAGUGAGUGUAGCUGGAAACAAGGCAGGAGGCAUGCAAGAGAGCGAUGGCAGUAGCAGUGGAGAUUCACUUGCUGCCCAUGUCAAAAGCCUGCUGAGGAAUCCUCCUUCAGAGCCUCUAGGCAGCAUCACUGAUGUCCCAGGAGGCUUCCAGAGCAUGUUGUCGAAAGCGAGUGUAGCUGGAAGCAAGGCAGGAGGCAUGCAAGAGAGCGAUGGCAGUAGCAGUGGAGACUCGCUGGCAGCCCGUGUCAAAAGCCUUCUGAGAAGUGGAUCACCUGCAAUCCAUGCGACACAAAUUCUGAGUGGUGUGGAUGAAGAGGAGAGGAAAGCACGAGCAUGGGUGAAGCUAAAGCUGGCCAGCCGAUCUCAGGAAUCUGUGUCAGACUUGAAUGAAGAGGACCGACAAAGAAUAGAGGAGAUAAAGGCGGAGCUGCUUCUGAGUGCCAAGAAAUCUGGACUAGCCAAGGGUGCAUGGAGUUGCAGUUUGGAAGCUGCUUCUGGCUAUGGCUGUAAUCAGGAACAGGACAUAGACUACUUCAAAGCUUUGAGUGACAAAAGAUUUCAUGCUGACAGCCAAACACAAGCCUUCAGGACUAAGGAGCUUUUAGAGUCGAGCUUACAACAAGUCGUGCCUUUAUACAGAGCUAAUCCUCCUGAUCAUGGCCUUCUGAAGGAUACACCCUUUAAAUCUCCGAUCUGCAGCCAACAUCAGCCAGUUGCAAGUAGUCAUUCUGCUGGCAUCGUUGGACUUCACUCACCAUUGCAGAAGGAACGGGACAGAUGUGUGGUGAGGUCUGCAGCUGCUUCUGAUGUGCAAACAGAAGUCCAUUUACCAGCUCAGAAAAAGCUGUCUUUUCCAAAGUGUUCUGAAGAGAUGUCUAAGCAAAUUACCUCUAUCACCUUUUCAUCCCGAAAACGUUUUCCGUCGCCUCUGACUUCCAUGGCACUCAGCGGCAGUCUUAGUGGAGAUGGUCUCGAUAGGUUAAUGCCUUUGGAGGUUGGUUCUGCUAGCGCUGAGGAACAGAGCCAUGGCAAGCAACAUUGGGAAAGAUCUAAGGCUUGUCCUCCUUCAAGUCCAGUUCUCGCUGGCUCACGGUCUAAUGAGAUGGCAUUUACUGCUGACAGAGCCAGGUUUCAUCAUGUCUCUGCUGGCAGUGACAGAGCUGGAGCUUAUCAAGAAACAGACUGUUUGUCAGAUCAGGAUUCUGUAAGCAUCCGUGCUGAUGAGAGACAGACCCUUAGUGCAAAAAAUUCUGACAUUCUGUCUCAAGAUGUGACUGAAUCGGGCAGGCAUAGUGCCAGAAUCCUCGGGCUAGACUCUGCUGCAAGAUUCAGUCAAGGUACGAAUGGGCUUUCUGAACCCUGUUCUGUAAACUCUGAUCAGCAGGAGAAGAGCAGCCCGCCUGGCCACGUCCAGUUGUGUGAGAGCUUAGAGGAUUCCCAUCCAGCCAUACAAACUGAUUUGCUGAAGGGCCAAGUUAAGCUGCUGGAAGAAGAGCAACGUCCUUCUGAUGCAGUGCCUCUCAUUCAGAAAGAGGCUUCCGGAGAGCAAAUCGGUGCGUCUUGCCAUUCAUCUCCAGAUGAGGUUUUAACCACCAUGUCUGUGUCUCCUGCAUCGCCAAUUAAGAAAGUGCUGUCUUGUGUCCACAUAACUCUUUCCCCAAAAUGUAAUAACUCAGAGCUGCACAGGGACUUGAAUACUGCAAAUGAGAUGAGACUGGGGGAUAAACCUGAAGUUAAUACCCUACCAGUGCCUUUAAAAACUCCAAAAACUUUGUUAGAAGCUGUAUCUAAAUUACCAACUGCUGCCCUUAUUCCAGAAGAUCAGAGAGGUUCAUCUUUCCCCAUGCCAGUGUCUUCAGCAGAUCACUGCCUGGUGCUUUCCUCUGUUCCAAGCACAGCAGCCCAAGAGCUGCCUCCGCAAGGCAGUGAGAGCCUGCAGGCUGUGGGUUCAGGGGGAUGUGAUCUGAAGAAUAUCUGCAACUCCAUAGUUCCUGCAGAAACUGGGAAAAGUACCUCUGAUGCCACCACCCAGAUAACGACAGAAAGUCCUGAAAAGACAACCUUUUCAGCAGAAAUUUAUGUUAAUUCACAAGACAGUGAAAAUACUACCCAUCAGUCAUCUCUCCAGAAAAUACGUGAAUUUCCCCAAAAUGCAACUUCAUCUCUUAACAAAAUUUCCUCUUUCCUGAGGCAGGGUGAUCAGCCGUUACUACUGCCGUAUAAACCUUCUGGAAGUAGUGGGUUGUAUUAUGUUCCUUAUCUCAGAGCAGGAUCCAAAAUUUCUCCAGUUGGAUCAGAAGCUAGUGUUAAGAGCUCUCACUCAGGAUCAAAUGAUGCUCUUCCCUCAAGGUUUCCAGGAAAUGUGCUUGGUUUCAGAGAUGAUAAUCCUCCAGACAGUACGGCUAUCAAGCAUAAAGACGGAAUGUACGCGAAGAGGGCGAAGCCCAAGCUAGCCUGGGCUGAGGAACAAAUGAUACCCCUAGAGGCUGCCCCAGAACACGCGGAUCGUUUAAAGUCUGUGAAAACCACUCACUCGGUCUUCAGGUCUGCCCAGUUCUACCUUCAUCAUCCCAUGUCCAUGCGUGAGAGCUCCUUCCAGUCGAACAGCGAGCUCUCGGAGGACGGUUCUGGUGUUGGACGCGCUAGACCUGCCUCAAGUGCUGUCUUCCAGAACCGGAAGAAUGCACAUCGCCAUAAACGUGUUUUCUCUGCCCGUCAUAAGAACGAUGGUGAAAACGAGUUCUUCCCACUCGCUGCAGAAGCAGAUUACAGCAAGAACGAGGAUCUAAAUGUUGGUACGUCUCCGGAGAGUGAAAUGUCUGGAAAGGAGCUGCUUCAACACGGCAGAAGAGACGCAGAACAAAAGGCAGCUAGAAGUUAUCCUUUAACCUGUAGCCAAACGACUUGUCUUCGUGAGAAUGUGGAGAAAGACCUGCCGCUGAGACAGAUAACCCACUCCACCGGUAGCUUGGAUGACCUCUGGGUUAAGUUUCUGGAGCACCAGAAGAGAUACCAGCACCAUGAUUUUAGGGGUAACGGUGAGCUCUCCCUCAUUGAGCGCCUCGAUCGAUUGGCCAGGAUCCUUCAGAAUCCCAUUAAGCAUACACUAAUACCAGCAAAAUCAGGAAAGAAUGUUUUUGAAAGAAAAUACAAGAUAAGAGAGCAGAAGAAAGUAAGGCUGCCAGAAAAGAGCAUGUCUGAAAGUACUUCGGAGCCUCAUGCAGCAUGUGUUGAAGAAAGGCCAUUUAUCAACCAUGAUGAAAAUAGCUUUGUUGAGCUUAGGAAAAGUAGGUCAGAAGAGAAAAUGAUCUGCCACAUGAAUAAAAUUUUGGAGCACCAGCAGUACUUGGAAACUCCUAGUGAUACUUCCUCAGAGAGCGGGCUUAGUAAAGAUCAUUGCACCACAAUAAGUUCUACCAUCUCUGAAUCAGAUGGGGUAACCCAAACAGAGCUGGAAACUGUUGCUCAGACUGAGGUGAGCAGUUCCAUUUCCACCAUCGACACCGCCAGGCUCAUCAGGGCUUUUGGGCAUGAAAGAGUGCGGGUGUCACCAAGACUUUCCCAGCUUUAUUGCACCAUCAACCAGCAGAAGAGUCGCUCUGAAAAGUGGGACAAGGGAAGCAGCAAAGCAGUGGGCGUAGAAUAUCCCAAGGUUACUGCUGAGAAACACAGGAAAUGGAAAGAGACCCAGAAGGCAAUCCGUGUUUCGUUGGAUUCAACUUCAAGCAGCAGUUCUUGGGGGCCAAGCUCAGCUCUUAGCAACAAGCGACGAACACGGAUGUUAAACAAAGGUGUCCAAGCAGGAGACUUGGAGAUUGUGAACAGUGCAACUAAGAAAAACACCCGAGAUGUUGGUGUGACUUUUCCUACACCAAGGCCCAGCCAGCCAAAUCAACGGCCACGGAAACCCUGGCAUUGUGUCGAUGGUAUUUUUGGAGAGUCAGCUGGUAUGGUCACAGAUCAUCAGGCAGCAGGAAGCAAGGGAAUUUCAUGGUUUGUCCAAGCAGAGGAUUUGAAAUCUGAAUCUAGGAAAGAAAACUUGACCAAUUCUUGUCCUGGUCCGUCUUGGUUUGAACCACUGACCAACACUAAGCCCUGGAGGGAGCCUCUUCGAGAGAAGAACUGGCAAGAGCAGCAGCACAGCAACGUGACUCAGCCAGCAGUUCCAGAAAGAGAUGCUGAGACCAGGUCCUUUCGGCCGCUUGUGAAGCUUACGCUACAGGAGGCUCUUGCAGUGCAUCGCCCUGAUUUCAUCUCCCGCUCUGGCGAGCGGGUGAAGCACCUGAAGCUUGUAAUGGAGGAAAGGAGGAUACAGAGCGUGCUGCAGUCUGAACGCGAAGAGCUAUUUAAUCCUCCGGAGAAAAGGCAGGGCUACAGGAACGCAAGUCACAUGCUUUCUGACAGAGGUUACCUGGUUAAAGAAAAGAGAAGAACAAUUCCGAAGAGUGAAAUGGUUCAAAGAUCUAAACGGAUCUACGAGCAGCUGCCAGAGGUGCAGAAGAAGCGAGAGGAAGAGAAGCGAAAAUUGGAAUACAACUCGUACCGCCUGAAAGCACAGCUUUACAAAACGAAAAUCACCAACCGUGUCUUAGGGAGGAAGGUACCUUGGAACUGAUAAGGAUCUCCUCUUCAAAUGAAAGCGUGUUGUGCUUAGUAAACUCUGCAGCAUCUUCCUCUGUAAAGGAGAUUGUGAAGUGAAAUAGAUAAUGCAGUAAAUAUCAUGCAAUGUAUGUUUUGUAGCAUUCAAUGAUGUCUUUUUGUACAAAUAGAAUCUUGCCAUAUUUUUUAAGAUAUUAAAGGAUCAGUGGUUUGAAGUGAACAACAGGUUUUUAAGUAAGUGGCUGUUGCUUGUAGUGCUGUUAUGGACUUCCAAAAUAUUUUUUGGCCGUACUUGGUCCAUAAUAUAUUUAUAACUACGUGAUUGAAAUAGGAGUUUUAUAUAAAUUUUAAAUAGUUUUUAACUGAGAUUUUUAUUUUUUUUUUAAUUUCCUAUUUCAUUGUAGAAAACCUGUUUGUAAUUGUUUUGUACUGGGGAAAAAAAAAUUAAAUAACAUCAGGUGAAUUUGUAGCAAUCAUGAAAUAUAUCUUCACUGUCCUUACGGACAAGAUGGAAAGAAACUGUGCUGUCAUCACCACGGACUCUACCCACCACAGGAUUCAGUGAAGAACUUAGUGCAACUGUGACAGCUGUUUAAGCUGGACAUCAUUAGUACCAGAGAUUGAAGGUGUCAUGACUACAUUUACUUUUUGAUUGGUUUGCUGUCAUUCUGUUAACAGGAGAGUCUAAUCAAAGAAUUUUUAUUAUUUUUUUAUUUUUUUACUAUUUUGAGAGUUUUUAAGGUUUGCCAGGGAGAGUCCCCUUCACUUCAUUAGAUGCUUUUACAUUCACAGGAUGGUUGGUUAUGCACUUAAUGAGCAACACAGUGGUAAAAGAUGAAAAAUAAAGAUUGUGGUUCUUGG